AUGAUUCGUUUGAUAUUACUUCUUACUAUUUUAUGUGAACUAAUAUUAUGGAAUUUCAAAAAAAUAAAUUCAUUCCGUUUAAAUGCAAAUCAUUCAAAUAAAAUUACAAAAGAUUGUAAUGUUAUUUAUGAUGCUACAAAAAGAAAGAAAUUUAUUUUUAAAAAAUAUGAAAUUAAAAGAAAUUUCAAAGAUAAAUUAUAUUUAUCGCAUUUUAAUGAGACAAACAACAAUAAAAGGGAAAUUACAGAAGAUCAUAUAGAGGAACAAUUAAAAAAUGUUGUUAAAGACAUUCAAGGAGUAUGGAAAUUUUAUCUUCCUAUAUAUAUAAUGGAUACAGAAUUUGAAAAACCAAAAGAUGAAGAAUUAGAUAAAAAUUAUAAAUUAGAUAAUUCAGAUGAUUUCCAAAUAAAUGAUGAUACAAAUGAAGAAAAUUCUGAUGAUAAUAAUCUUAACAUAUUAAGAGGAGAAAGGUUACACCCUUUACCUUUGUUUGUUUAUAAUUAUGAACAAAUUUAUUCAGCUUCUAAUUCUACAUAUGCUUGCUGGUCCAACCAUUAUAUAAGUAAAAAUAUUUAUGAAUGCACCAUAAAAAUUGUAAAUAAAAUGAACAAUAAAUAUAUGAUUAUAUUACAAGGUUACUUAUUCAUAUCUCAAAUAAAUGCUAUAAAGGAUAAUAAUAUUCGUUUAAGACCUUGUCAAAUAUUUGGGAAUAUAUUUUUAGCUCACAACGAUACAGUAGAAGAAAAAUCAAUAAUCCCAUCUAAUGUAAAAAUUUAUGAUAAAAGCGGGAAUGAAGUAAAAGAUAUAAUAUCAAUUUUAGAAAAGAAAAUUCCAGAAUUUAGAAAAGAUAAAAAAAAAAUUGAAGCAUUUUUAGGAUUAAAAAAAUGGAAAUUUCUUGGUAUUUCAACAGCUUAUAAAAUAUUAGGAGAAGGGAAAAAUAUAUUUAAUAUAAAUCAUAUUCUAACUGGAAAAGAUGAAAAUACUUUUUAUAAUGUAAUGGAUUUUGAUUCCAUAAAUAAUAACUAUGAAAAAAAUUGUUUUAUAUACUUAAAAGAUAUAUUUAAUUCAUAUUUUGAAAAGCCAUCCAGUGAUAUUUUCUCUUUGAUCAUGAAAAAUAUGCAAGAGAAAUCUAUCAAUGGUCCAUUUUAA